AUGGGCCACGUUCCCGUCAGCCGUGACGCGCGCACGUCCCGCACGUCCGCGUCAGCCGUGACGCCAGCACGUUCAGACACAUCCCAGUCAGCAGUGACGCAAUCUACACUGACGCGAACACGUUUCUGUGACGUCACGGGCACUGACGCAAGCACGUUUGGCCCUGUCGCAGUGGUGACAUGCCCGGCCGGCCUGUGUCUGGAGCACGCGGGCGGCCGAUCUUCAGAGAAGCCGGGUCAGACGUGCGGGGAAGAACUGAAAAGAUUACAGAACCCUUUAGAACAAGUGAAUGAUGGAAAAUAUUUGCUUGAAAAUCACCAGCUGGCCAUGGAUGUGGAGAACAAUAUUGAAAAAUAUCCCCUCAAUCUCCAGCCCUUGGAAUCAAAGGUGAAAAUCAUUCAGCGGGCAUGGAGAGAGCACCUGCAGAGACAAGAUGUGGUGGAGAAGAGGAGUCCGUCGCCACCGUCCAUCUCCUCGGACAAGCUCAGCAGCUCAGUCAGCAUGAACACCUUCUCCGAUAGCAGCACACCCGUGGCCAUGUGUGGGCCUCGUGUGGGCCUCAUGUAG